GAAAUCCAGAUCCGGUCACAUGAUAUCGGCAGUAUUUCCUUUGGUCUGCAAUUUCCUGUUUAAACCGCGCGGCGUAAAAAAAGUUGGUUUGCCUCCGACGCUGGGAUGACUCGACUACUUGUCGUAGAGCUGUGUGCUGCUUGAAGUGUUAUGAAGCGAGCCGCACUGGCUGAGAUGGCCCUGGGAGAGGAGGACCGAAAGGCCGAAGCAGGAGCAGGAGGGGGCUGCCAGGAGAUUGUCAUCGAUGGCACCACCAUGCUUGAGGCUGUGGAGGCCAUCGUCUCAUCGGACGAUGGCACCACCACCAAUGUUAUACUUCAGGACACCACUGGUGCUACUCCCUCGGGUCUCUUCAACCAGCUUCAGGAGGGCCUUCAAGUCGGUGUAAUUGCCCAGCACAUGGACAUCACUGAGCCGCUUAGUACGCUGCGGACGCUGCUGGAACAGCGCCUAGGAAUCAGCUUGCAGGACUAUGCCUUCUUCCUUCAGGACACCCAAGAGCUGAACGCCACAAAGAAUUUAGUUGACCAGUGUGUGCAAGGAGAGGGGCUUGUGCAAAUCAACGUCGAGAUCACCAACAAGGAUGAUAUGAAGAAGAUAAACAUUGUGGACGUGCUAAAGCCAGCCGAGGAGAUUCUUGCUGUGGCCCAGAAUGUGAUGCCACAAGAGGAAUUGAUAGGAGAGCCUCCUGUUGUACGUAAAGUAGUACUGCCUGAAAAUGAAGAACCUGAGAACGUCACACGGUGGGUCAUUUCAGGCGAAUUCAAGAAGGAGCAGGAUAAAUACAAGAUACCGGCUGACCCAUCAUCUUGGAAGCUCGAGCACGUGCAGCGAUGGUUUCAGUGGGCAUCACAACACUUCAACCUGCAGAAUGUCAACCCAGAGGACUGGAACCUGACAGGAAAGCAGCUGUGUGACCUCAGUCACCCAGAGUUCGUUCGACGAGUGUCCUUCGACCCUGGUGAUAUCUUUUGGACACACCUCGAACUACUCCGCAAGUGCAAAAUUGUAGCUGUGAUUCAGCAGCCCGUGUACGUUCAGCCAGCCACACAGAUGAUUUCCAUCCAGAAAGCAGCAAGCCAGCCGGCACGAUCACGAAUCAGGGUACCCAAGCUGUCGCCUAGAGUAGCAUAUGAGGGGUCACCUGGAAACAGAACAGGCAACAAUGGCCAGAUCCAACUGUGGCAGUUCCUGUUGGAAAUGCUGACGGAGCGGGACAGCCGUGAGUACAUCCAGUGGGUCGGAGACGAGGGCGAGUUCAAGCUCAACAAUCCUGAAAUGGUGGCCCAGCUCUGGGGCUUGAGAAAGAACAAGCCUACCAUGAACUACGAGAAGCUUAGCCGUGCUCUUCGGUACUACUACGAUGGUGACAUGAUUGCUAAGGUUCAUGGCAAGCGUUUUGUGUACAAGUUCGUGUGUGACCUCAAGCAGCUGGUGGGCUACAGUGCCUCCGAGCUGAACAGGCUGGUGCUCGAAUGUCAGCAGCGACGCAUGGAGAAGCUUGGCGGCAGCAUUCUCUCCAUGAGCACACUGGAGGUGCCGACUGAACAGGACGACACAGAGGACCUCUGAAGCUGGGCUUCAGAGAGGACAGCGCCUUUCAAAGCCGACGCUUGUGUUUGGUGUGGGGACUCCUAUCGCUGUGUGACUCUGUGCGAGCAGCCCCAGCCGAGCACUCGGCCACCUCUGCACACCCUUGUAAGAAAGAAAAUCAUUUGUCGAGUGACUGACGCUAGUGCUGUCCUUUUGUUUUUCCCUAUGUGUUUUAUAAUCGUAGUUUGCUUUGUGAAAAAUCGGGCAUUGGGAACUGGGGCUCUUACAGUCCUAUGCGUCCGUACCUUUAUGCACUCAUUUGGCCGCUGUUUGAGAUCACUGCUUUUGAGAUUCAUUGAGAUCACCUUUUUGUUCUUUAAGAAAUUUGGGUUGCUAGCCAUUGCUUGCUAUUAUAUGUGCUUGUGACCACUUGCAUGUCCUGUCACAUAUCUGCAAUUGGGAAGAUUAACCAAUUGGAGAUUAACCUUGAAACAUUGUCUGUGUUGUUCUGUAAAGUCGUCUCCAUUGAGCAGGUUAUGGCAGCCACAUACAAUUUUCAUAAUUCAGCUGUUCGGAGCCCUCUAGUGCAAGCACUGCAAGAACACUGGGCUAUGCACGAUGAUCAAAACAUUUUUUCCAGAGACACUUGUGCACGACGUUUUCUUUAGCAGCAGAAAGCUGAAUAUCGGCUGUGUCAAUUUUCUAUCCUCAAAGGACACUAAAUGCAGUAUCUCCUCUUGUUAUCUACAGGCGUCAUGUGUUACGUGAAGAAUUUGGAUACUUUAUUGCUACUGUUUCUCUGUCCAACCUGUUCCAAGACAUUUUAGUGACGAAAAUUUCAGAAGUAGGUUACAAGUGCAACCAAAAGUUGGGAACGACUUGGCUAAAAAGUGAAAAUCAUCCAUUUAUUGUUGAGGGAAAUGGUUACCUUUGUUGCUUCUUUCGACAACGAGAGAGUUCAAGUUUCUGAGUUGAACUUCUUGGUUGCUCAUUGCAGUAGAGGACAGAAGUAGACAUAGCAAAUGAACACAUGCCAGUGUUUUGUUUGUGCCUUGUCCAUGCUACACUAUUUGUUUGUCUGAUUCCUGGACUGUUUCUCUUAGUGGAAGAUUAAUCAUAGCAGGCCCAUGUUUGGAACAAUAACCUGUUUUAGUUUGUUAUCAGGGCUAAAGGAGAGAGAGUCAAUUUGCCUCAUCAAAACUUUGUUUCGUAGUGGCCAAUCCAUGAACGGUACAAUUCAUAAUAAUGCUACCAUCAUAAAGGGGGAGUGGGGGGGGGGGGGGGUAGGAGGAGAGCUUACCUUGAGCGCACACCUUUCUUUUGUAGGAUACAUACGCACAUUAUUUAGUGAGAAGCUAGAAACAGCAGAGCUGCAUUGUAUUGCAUUAAUGCAUUGUAUUUAGAUAACUGUGGCCUUUUCAGUGAUUUUGCCGUUGCAGAUUUGAUUUUUGUCACUUUCAAGAAUAUCUCUGACGAAACUUACAUGAUGCAUAACUGCCCGAUCUCAGAAGCCAGGCGGCGCAGGUAUUAUGUGACACCCCAUUGUUUGACACGUUUCAAACUUUUCCAUGAACAGAAUAUAUUUUUCGGAAAACUUGAUGAAACAUUAGUAAAAUCCUAGAACAGGCCCGAAUUUGUACACUUUACGAAAAAUUAGGCAGAAUUGGAAGGUAUGAUUUCAAGUGCUACCAGACAGAGAUAUUUGUUGUGUGCAUUCUAAUUGUGAUAAUAGUGAUACAUUAUGGUGCAGUUUCAAAAUGAGCUGUAAAAGCCUUCCUAUAAGUUGUGCUCGGAUAGUCUCUGGAAGGCUUCGUGGCACAUGCUCUGUAGUCAUCACCGCAUGUGUAACUGAAGAAGGGUGUCAUGGCAUGUGCUAUUUUCUCGGUGCUGUCUCUGUGGAACACAUGCUGUCGUUCCAAGUGGUGUUAAGAUUGUGCUGAAAGUGGGAAAAGUUGUCAUGGUACUCACGUAAUACAAAAUGGCAAUGUCGUAGCAGUUCGGUCUUUUAACCCGGCAAGUUUAUACCACUGCUAACACUCAACCUAAUGUCUGAUGUAAAGAAAAAGAAAGAGCAUGCAAUUCAGUAACACUGAGGCAUGGUGUUUAUUGCAGGCUUGUAUUAAAUCUUGGCCAGCAAUGCAGAAACAGUGCAAAAACUGAAAUUCUUUGACAAACUUCAUAUGUAGGUUUAACUUGCUUCAAUGAAGUACCUUUAUGCAUGCCAUUUAUCUAUAAGAGAUUAUUGAAUUGUGGCUUGGUGUGUAUUGGCAACACAUGCUAUACACAUAAGAAUCGGAAAGUUUAAUAUACAUAGGAGCAGGGCCAGUUAGGGGAAGGAGUGAUGCUAGUUGUUCUUUUGAUUCUUAUGUUGAGGCACACCCUUCAGAAUAGUGUUAAGCUGGCUUUUCUGCAGUGCACAUUUACUCAAAAUGGUGGCUUAUGCACUGCUAAAACUCUGAUUAAAGCGUGGCUUGUGUCUUUUUAUUACUUUUGUGUGCUUCUUCCUAUCAUACUUUGCACACGAAAACAAUAACAUUACACCAGCUGUUCAGUAAUAGCCAUUUUAAUUAUGUGCUGGUUGCCACAUUUUGGUCUUUUUUAUAUUGUAGGAAAGCCAGCUUGGCACUUUUUUAAAGGAUCUCAGUUUGUUGUGUGAAUGUUGGCAUUGUGCGGUUAUCUUUACUGUUAUUUCUUACUUUAUGGUGGCAUACAAAUAGUCUAUGCACUUCACUGCUUUUAUCCCUGCAUUUAUUUUUUCAUCAUGAGCACUUCUGUGUCAUUUUUGUGUUUUUUCGUUACCAUCAUACUCUGUUUCUUCAUUAAAUGGAUAAAGUAAAACUAAUUGCAUGUGACCCACAAUGCUAUGACAAAACUUGUUUUGUAGCAGUCAUGUUUUUUACAAAUAUUCAAAUUAAUGCAACACUUUUCUUUGUUGAAGAAACAUGACACUAUGAAAUCUUGAACUGCAUAUACAAAUGAACUAUUUUACGUUGCUGAGGUUUCAAUAUGCAGGGUUAAUGGUGCUUAGUUUCUCCUCAUUAGUGGAAUGCCGCUGAACCUUGACUCAAAUUGGGAUGAAGAGUGAUGAGACUGCUCUCUACGGGGAAUAAGAGAUUUAGGCAGUGCAUAGUGCUGGACUAUACCUAAUGCACACUUGUAUAUAGGUAGUUGACAGCUGAGAUUCUGGUCUUAAGCAAUGAGCCAUUGCUAAUGCUUCAGUAGCAGUUAUGUUGCUGUUUGUAUUGUAAAUAUCUGCAAUGCACAUAAUGAUGGUGGCCUUUGUAGAGAAAUGUCCUUUAGAUCUAACCAAUGCAAUCUUAUGAAGACUGCUUUUCUUUUUUUGAUAAAGAAAAAAAAGCAGCAGACAAGAAAAAUUUGAAAAAGGUAAUACAGCCAUCUUGUGCUGUUGUGUUGUUAUCCAAGAAUAUAUAUAUAUAUCUUUAUUGCACUAAGUACAUGUUUGCCCACUCUUAGGGGAACAACUCAUCAGUACAGUUGAACUUCAGUAUAACACAGAUAUGACGAAUUAUCUGCUAUGACGAAGUAAAUCUAAAAUGUGUCUAAUCAAUAUCAGCAUGUAAAGAAGAUAAGCUUAUAAUAGAUAUCAGAUAUAUCGAAAGUAUUCUCAUGUUGCAAAACAUGAGAAGUUAUCAGAGAAGCUUAAAUAUGACCUGAGCUUAGCAAAGUGAUGUUUUAAUAAACGCAUCUCACAUGUCAGUAUUUUUAUGAUGUAGAAAAAAUAUUGAAGUUAUAUUGAAUUGAAUUAUUAAUGAGAUGUUCCUCUAACUUUGGCAUUCCUGUAUGAUAUGUUGUUAUUGCCAGCAUUUCAAACUGCUCUAUGCCUUUAAUAAAAUGCACAAGCUUGUGAAAACUCGAAAAAAAACUAAAAGGUCAACUUGAAAGCAUGUUUGUGAUGGCCGAUGCUCUAAUUAGCAUUUUGCUGUAAUUUGCUAUGUGGCUCUUGGAGGGUUGGGGCGAUAGUUGGUGUACACUCACUCCAGCCUGAUUGCUGUGAAAUGUAAAUGGUUACAUGGGCAUUCUUGUUGUGUUCACAAAUGUGCACUUUUUUUUAAGGUGUAUUGUGUCUCUGUGCUGCUGUGGCAUUACAGUGGACGGUGCAAAAACAAUGUUUGGUUAUUAAAUGUGCUGGUUCACGCACGCACAAGUGUU